CGGCACAUUCACUAAAGAGCGUCAACGAGUUAAACCCUACACCACAGCCUUGAUUACACGGAAUCGUCGAAGUUGUGCCGGAUCUUAUGGCCGCUGGCAUUGUGCCGGUACUCCAAAGCGCUACGGUCUCCUAACCAUGCGUCUCUUGAGAGGCAGCAAUGGGGGGGAGUUCAGCCUGACCGAAGAAAUUCUGACGGACAUUCCCAAGUAUGCCACCCUCUCGCACACGUGGGGGCCGAUGAGGUCCAUUUCCAAGAUAUUAAGGACGGUUCUGGUCAGAGCAAAUGUGGCUGCAACAAGAUCCAGUUUUGCAGCAAGCAGGCGCAGCACGAUGGCCUAACCUACUUUUGGGUCGACACCUGCUGUAUUGAUAAAUCGAGCAGCGCGGUGUGGUAUUACAUUGCAUAAAAGAAUUGUAGGCAUUUGCUCUUGAUUCAAGUGCACUUUGUUAUGAUCUGUGUAGAGUUUCAAGCUCCCAACUUACUUAGCGUUACCCUCUUGAAGCUACUUACAUUAUUCUGUCACCGGCACUGCUAGUCAGUAAGCGCCAAUUCUGGAUAAUUC